AAUGGCCAGUUUGUUCCCUAUUUAGGAUAUGUCGAGCUUACCAUCACCUUUCCAAAAGAGUUUGUUGGUUCUGAUAUUGAAAUUAACACUUUGGCCUUGGUUAUUCCUCACCUCCGCUCUGCAGCCCAUGAACAAGUGCUUAUAGGCACAAACACACUAGACGUUCUUUAUGCUGAUUACCGGAAACGUUCAUCUUUUCAGCCUUUGAUGAAUGGAUAUCAGGCUGUUCUCAAAAUACUUGAGAUACGACAAAGGGAGCUUAACUACAGCAGUCUUGGUUGUGCAGAACUAACGGGCAAGUUGCCUAGAGUUGUUCCUGCAAGACAGACCACUGUUGUUGAAGCUUCUGUUCAUGUUGAUCAAUUGAACAUUCAGAGAGAUGUCAUUCUUGAGCAACCAUCAGCUUCUUCUCUACCGAAUGGCUUACUCGUUUCAGCGAUUGCAGUAACUCUACCAAGCAAACGCUCAUGUCAUAUUCCUGUCGUACUAAGAAAUGACACCAAUCAUGAUAUAGUCAUUCCUCCCAAAACCAUUGUGGCAGAUGUUAAUGCUAUAGUACAGGUGUUACACAAAGAACACACUGUCAAUGAACCAGAUGGUUCUCAAUUUCAAGCAAAGUCUUCCCCAGAACUGAGCUUUGAUUUUGGAGAUUCACCUUUAUCCACUGAAUGGAAAAGGCGAAUAACAAAAAUGUUAAACACCAUGCCAAACGUUUUCUCUCAGAAUGACCUAGAUUUUGGCCAUACUGAUAAGGUGAAACACAGAACCAAGCUCAGCGAUGAGACGCCUUUUAAGCAAAGAGCACGUCCGAUACACCCCAACGAUGUGGAUGCUGUGAGACAACAUCUACAGGAACUCCUUGAAUCUGGAGUCAUACGGGAAUCUGAAUCCCCAUUUGCUUCCCCAAUCGUUGUGGUUCGCAAAAAGAAUGGUUCUGUUCGUCUGUGUGUGGAUUACAGAAAGCUGAAUAUGCAGACCAUUAAAGACGCCUACGCUCUUCCAAAACUGGAAGAUGCUUUCACUGCACUUGCUGGUUCUAAGUGGUUCUCCGUUUUAGACCUCAAGUCAGGCUACUAUCAGGUCGAAAUGGAAGAAGCAGACAAGCAUAAGACUGCAUUUGUGUGUCCAGUUGGAUUCUGGGAAUUUAACAGGAUGCCCCAAGGAAUAACAAAUGCGCCUUCAACUUUCCAAAGACUGAUGGAAAAGUGUGUUGGUGAUAUGAACCUAAAAGAAGUUUUAGUGUUCAUUGACGACCUGAUUAUUUUCUCAUCGUCCCUGGAAGAACAUGAACAGCGCUUGCAGCGUGUUCUUGGACGAUUGAUGACAUAUGGUUUGAAACUGGCACCAGAGAAGUGCAAAUUCUUUCAAACAUCAGUGAAAUACCUUGGUCACAUUGUUUCUGAGAGAGGAGUUGAAACUGAUCCUGAAAAAGUUGCGGCCUUAAAUACCUGGCCAAUCCCCGCAAAUCUUAAAGAACUUCAAUCCUUUUAAGGAUUUGCUGGAUACUACCGACGGUUCAUUCAAGGGUACUCUACUAUUGUAAAACCACUUAAUGAACUAACGUCUGGUUAUCCACCACUCAGAAAGCUGAACAAGAAGCAGAAGAUAAAUCCAAGUCCAGAGUAUCGCAACCCAAAGGAAUCCUUUGGUGAGCGGUGGACAUCCCAAUGUCAGAAAGCCUUUGAUGACAUAAUAGGAAAGCUAACAUCAGCUCCAGUCUUAGGAUUUGCAGACCCCCAACUUCCGUAUGUCCUACAUACAGAUGCCAGCACUGUUGGCCUUGGGGCUGCAUUAUAUCAGGUUCAAGAUGGUCAAUCUCGAGUCAUAGCUUUUGCGAGUCGAGGACUUUCAAAGAGCGAGAGGAAGUACCCGGCUCAUAAGCUUGAAUUUUUGGCCCUUAAAUGGGCAGUCACAGAAAAAUUCUCUGAUUACCUAUAUGGUACAGACUUCACAGUAGUGACUGACAGCAACCCACUGACAUAUAUUUUAACAUCCGCAAAGCUUGAUGCGACAGGGUACAGGUGGUUGUCCAGUCUUUCUACUUACUCAUUCAAUCUUCAGUACAGAGCCGGAAAGCAAAAUCUAGAUGCUGACGCACUCUCUCGCCGACCUCACGAUCCACCAAAGGAUGAUUAUGCAUCCAAGAAGGAGAGUGAGAGAAUCCGGCAGUUCACACUGUACCAUCUGAGCAAUCCUGACAAUCCAGAAACUGUUCCCAAGGAAGUGAUAAAGGCAAUUUGUGAACGUCAUAUGGUUACUUCAUCUGUAGCUGGUGUUCAAGCCACCGCUCCUGGGUUGACAUUAGUUGAAUCCCUCACUCACCAGUCCACAGCCAUUCCCGACUGCUUCCAGCAGGAACAAGUGGAUGGGUCCCCUCUGGUCCAUUCAUUUUCAGAAGAAGAGUUGAGGCAAAAACAAACAUUAGAUCCUGCUAUCAAUGCAGUCAUUGUACUCUUGGAGACUGGUGAAACUCCAUGUCCCAGCCUUAGGUUGGAACUCCCAGAACUACCUUUGUUACUCAGAGAGUUGUCGCGGUUAGAGAUCCAGAAUGGAAUUCUCUAUCGUAAGCGAAAAGACGGUCCAAAUGUCUCAUAUCAGCUUGUGCUUCCUGAGGCGCUAAGAGCUACAGCACUUAGGAGUCUUCAUCAUGAUAUGGGCCACCUUGGAGUCGAACGAACAGUAGAUUUGGCAAGAACCAGAUUUUACUGGCCGAAAAUGUACAUGACCAUAGAUAAAAUGGUUAAAGCCUGUGAGAGAUGUGUUCGUCGAAAAACACAUCCAGAAAAAGCUGCUCCACUUAUGAACAUUAAAACCUACCGACCUCUCGAACUGGUGUGCAUUGAUUUUUUAUCAAUAGAGCCAGAUCGCUCAAACACUAAAGACAUUCUAGUAAUUACUGAUCAUUUUACAAAAUAUGCAGUGGCUAUACCAACUCCAAACCAGCGAGCACAGACCAUAGCAAAGUGCCUCUGGGAAAACUUCAUUGUUCAUUAUGGUUUUCCUGAAAAGCUCCUUAGUGAUCAGGGAUUUCGAAUCAAAAACCAUAAAAGAACUCUGUGAACUCAUUGGCAUGAGGAAAGUGCGCACAACCCCUUACCAUCCUAGGGGAAAUCCGGUUGAAAGAUUCAACCGCACUCUUCUUCAAAUGCUCGGAACACUUGAUAAGUCAGAUAAACUCCGCUGGAAAGACUUUGUCAAACCUCUGGUACAUGCUUAUAAUUGUACAAAGAGUGAUGUGACUGGAUUCUCCCCGUAUGAAUUAAUGUUCGGGAGACAGCCCAGAUUACCCAUUGAUUUGAUUUUCAGAUUGCCCACCAAUGCUGCUAAGCAGACUCAUUCUCAGUAUGUUGGCAAUUUAAAAUCUCGGUUGGAAGAAAGUUACCGUAUUGCUACUAGCAAGGCAGGAAAGAACGCAAGUCGCAAUAAAGCCAGAUUUGACCGGCGAGUGAUUGAAUCAACCUUGCAGACAGGAGACCGAGUUCUCAUACGAAAUGUGAAGCUGCGUGGAAAACAUAAAUUGGCAGACAAGUGGGAGGAGGAUGUUUAUAUUGUCCUCAAGCGAGCUGGAGAAAUGCCAGUUUACACAGUUAAACCAGAAAGUAAAGAUGGACCAGUGCAAACUCUGCACAGAGACUUGCUUCUGCCAUGUGGAUUCCUGUCAGUAGCUGCAGAAACUGAAACAGUCAAGCCUUGUCGAAACAGGAGGCCCAGAACAAGACAACGUCCAGUCGUCGAGAGUGAAGAGGAGAUCAUCUCAGAUUUGGAUGAUGUACCUGAUUGGACAUUCUUCCCUCAUGUUAUGUCAAAACCUGAUGCACAUGUCGUGGUGCCUGAAACUCACAAGUUGAGUGAGCCUCCUUGUGCAGUCCGACACUCAGCAGAAACAGAGGAGUCUGAAAAUUCCCUCUCACCUGAUGCUCCAACAACUCAAUCCCUUGUAAGAGAUGGAAGUACUGGAGAUAUUCAGGGUGCAUCAAGUGUCAACUCACCUGAAAAUGUCAACUCACCUGAAAGUGUCAACUCACCUGAACAAGACAGAUUAUCCGAAGCAAACGUUUCACCUGAACUGAACUCAGUAAACAGAUCCCCUCAGUGUUUCGAUUUGCAGCAAUCUGAAGAAACUCCUCCAGAUAAUGAGAUGAGCUCAGAUGCAGCAUGCAAUGAUGGGUUUUGUGAAGUAAAUGAACCUGUCACUGCCCAGCCUGAACCUUUAAAGUUUCAGACUGAUGGACUUCAAGAUACUGAAACAUCUCUCCGUCGAUCUCAAAGAGUGCACACAAAGCCUAACAGAUUAGAUUAUGUAACACUAGGAAAUCCUCUGAUGAUGGUGGUGAAUUCUCUGUUCCAGGGUCUAAGUGAUGCAUUGACUAGCUCCUUGAAUGGUUUUGAGAAUGUAUCCCAUAAUUCCGUCAGGCAUCCUUAAGCUGUGUGACUCCAUGUCACAUUGCAGAUGCCCAGGGACGGGCAUACCCUUCAGAGGGGAGGGUGUAACCCACAUAAAGUGGGUAUGCCACUUUAAGAGAAGAGGUUAAGGAAGCUGGGUGGUCUGCCUGGCCAAUGAGAAGUUUGGUUUCCAGAGCGUCUGGACCAAUCAGGGUGCAGGCUGCCGUUGUGGAUCCCGCCCUUCUCCCCCGGGUCUGCAGUACCGUUGGUUUUGCUCUAGAGAUCCGACGCGGUGAGACUGCUGAGCGGGGCAGCGCCAGAGUAUGUAUCCCGACAGUUAAAAGUAUUUUUUACGUGCUGUAUUAACUGUAUUGUGGAUAAACUCUUUUGUAAAUAGAUUUUAUGUUGAUUGUCCAGCUUUUGUGCUGGAAAUUAUUUAUUAAAUGAAUACAAACUGAACUUCAGUUUUUUACCGUUAGAGCCGUUAGGAAUCGUUGGCUCUUUCUGGCAGUUAUUUCAGCUUGUUCUUCGUAGAUAAAAGUGCCCCACGCAUCCGGAUUGAGACCCACUAUACGGUUGUCUGAAGUGUGUCGCACUGAGAUCGGUGAGCAUAUUCGGAGCCUUUUAUUUGUGUUUUUGUCGUUUGUUACAUUGUUGUUAAAAAAAUAUCCGUUGUUUUAGUAACUAGGUAAUGUUUUGUUACUGUGUUGGAAAGAAGGAUUAAAGCUAGAACGGCUUGGUAAAGUCCUGUAUUUCUGCUGGUCCUGUCUGUUGACAGGUCAGGUUUUUUUUUAUACUGGAUCAUUCCUGAAGUGGAUCCCUCCUUUGAUAUUGAUGGCGAGCCUUCCCACCUGGACCUAAAGAGAGAACCAGAUUUCGUCUACCCCAUUUGGAGUCAUGCUGCACCCUGCAGUGUGGUAGGAGAGCAACAUACAUCUUCACACACGGUUAUGUGUGAAACCUACAACUGACAUUCUCCAUUAUUAUUGUUUUUUUUAUUUAUUGAUUUUUGGACAAUACUGUUUGGAUUGUUUUAUUUCGGACAUUGUGACGCACAGCUGUGGUGGAAAUUCUCCUGUGAAUGAAGUUGAAUCAAACCAAAUUGGGAUUAAUUUGAUUAAUCUGCUGACUAAUACAAUUUGGAGUGCAGAUUACCAGGGUGCACCCGAAUUAUUUGAAAUUAAGAAUUAGCACUUGGCCAAGUAUUAUUGUUAUUUCUUUUUUUUUCAUUUUAUUGUGUGUAAUUUUAUUUUCAUAAUUGUGUGUUUUGUGCAACUGUUAAUUGUGUGUUUUCUGUCACUAAAACCAGUUCUUUAAAUACA